AUGAUCUCACCCAACAUUAGUUCUCAGGACCCCCAGGAGCUUCCUCGGGAGCACUGGUCCUCUCUCCCCAAACUCCCUCUGUUCUCAGGGGCGACCGUUGGACGCCGUUUUUUCAAGCAUUCUCCGACUACCAUCCUGAAGCUUGAAACCGACGAUGGCGAAGGCAUCAUGACCGCGCUCGCCCAUUCCAUCUUGGGGCCCUGUGUCCCGCGCGUCGUCAGCAUCGUCACGGUCCCAAUAACAACCUCGGGCGUCUCGGCGCUCAACCGCACUAAACAGGGCCUCGUCCUCACUCAGCAGCCAGAGUGGGACGACUCACGUGUGCACGCGCUGCAGGAAUCUGCCCCGGACGCUGAACGUGCAGUCAAGCUCAAGCGAGUACAGCGUGACACCACCGGCGCAGGUGACUGGGACCGUCCUGUCCUCACGCAUGGCGACUUAUCGGACCGGAAUAUCCUCGUAGACCCGGACACCCUCGCUGUGACAGGUUUCCUAGACUGGGAGAUGGCGAACAUCAUGCCCGCUUACUUUGAGUAUGUCGCGGCACGACUGUCUAGGGGCCAUCAGUCUGCGUGGAGGAAGGAGUUGUUGGAUGUGCUGAGGUCUGUUUUGCGCUGCGAGUGCGAUACUGGGCGCCAGGAAGACCUGCGUGUUGUGAAUGUUGAUGAAGGACACGGCAGAUACAGGAGAACGUUGGCGGCGUGGAAUGCUAUUGUUGAUGUUGAGAGAAUCGCGCAGGGAUAUGAUGAUGAUUGUGAAUGGACUUUUGAUCGUUGA